UAUACAUAUAUCCUCACCCUCCUCAUGCCGCCUUAAUAUUUCUACUCGUUUAACAAUUGCUGGGUUUUGCUGAUCACUUUUAUUUUUUUUGAUAACUUUAAAAUAUCUUGUCUCCACUCAUUUACUUCUUGUCAAAAGAGUACUUGAUCGUGUGCUUCCUCCCCGCAUCCAUCUUCUUUCCUGAAUAUUAUUUCAUUCUCUGUUUUGAAAAUUACAUUUUCCUUUUUAUACUCUUUUUCAACAUCUUGUACCGGUACUCUCUCUUUUUCUCGUACCUCUUUGCACAUAAUAACAUCUUGAAUCCUUCCUCUCCACACACAACGACAUCGUACAUCGCUUGGCAAAUCUAUACACGUCAAAAAAGCUGCGCCAAGACGGUUAUUCGCACCCUGUCGACAUUAUCCUCUUGUAAACUUAUCACCAUAUCGUGAUACUUGAAGAUGCGAAUUUCUUGGAUCAUUUCCUUGCCUGGACUUCUGUCAGUUGUGUCGGCGCUGGCAAUACAAAAAAGAGAUGCCGACUUUUACAGUGUGCGCACGAAGCUACACAAGGAUAUGAGUGGAAAAGCAGGCGAUCCAAUCGAGAAAUAUUUUCGUAAGUACCUAUUCGAUCUAUCUUCAAGAGGGCUGUUUAAUCAUGGCGUCCGGCGACGCGGACCUGACCGAAUGUUCCGGUUCAUGGUAGUUCAUUCAGUCGAACUUUGCUAACUUAUGGGUCGUUCCUGCCAGAUGAGAGCGUGUACGUAUCCUACGAGUCCGUCAAAGGCUGAAAACGAGAGACUUUCAAAAGUACUACGGGGUUGCAUGCUAACAGUGUGAGGUUAAUAGCUUCCACCCACAUUACGACGGCCGGUAUGUAAAUUUCUCUUGAGGAAAUUAUUUUGGUACACAAUGAGAGAUCCUAACAUCUAUUUAACAGAUUCGCCGACAAGCAAUUGGGAUACAGAGAACGUAGACAUGCGCUUUCGAACCUCAUUCAAACCUACCUCGCUACUUUCUCUGAUAUUGGCGUGGAAACAUGGCUUAUGCAUGGUACUUUAUUAGGCUGGUGGUGGAAUCGUAAGGUGAGAACAAUACUGGAGAUGGCCAAGAUUUCUCAAAGUCUCACGUCCUUUAGAUUCUACCAUGGGAUUCCGAUUCCGAUGUCCAAGUUUCCGAAGACUCGAUGCACUUUCUUGCCUCUUAUUACAACAUGACAGUCUUCCACUACAAAACUCCACGUAUCCCAGAGGGCCGAGAUUAUAUGCUAGAGGUCAACCCCCAUUAUGCUAAUAGAGAGCAAUCGGACAAAUUGAAUGUCAUUGAUGCUCGGUGGGUCGAUACUACGAGCGGGUUGUUCAUUGAUAUUACAACCGCAAGAUACAAUUACACACAUCCAGCUGGAGAAGGAAUGUUGAGCUGCAAGGAUGGUCAUGAAUACAGGGUAAUGUCGUUUGAGCAGAGGGCUAGAUGAAUUGUGCUGAUAAUCAUAGGAUACCUACAUUUUCCCAUUGCGAGACACCUUCUUCGAGGGCGCACCAGCCAAGAUCCCUUUUGCGUAUAAAGAAAUCUUGGAAGCAGAAUAUCAUGAGAAAUCACUGACCUUGACUGACUUUGAGGGGUAUGUUGGAUGGAAUCGCAAUGUUCACGUUGAAUUUCCACGCUAACUUGCAUACAAAGCCACCACUUUGACGAUGACAAAAUGGAAUGGAUCCCUGUGAAGCAAGAUAUUCAGAAACCAAUCGAAGCAGAAAAGGCAGCUCAACCACCACCAAAAACCGAUGCCCAGAAGGCAGAAGAGGCAGCCAAGCAAUCCGAAGAAGACAAAAAGAAAGUGGAAGAGGCAAAGAAAUUGGAAGAGGCACAGAAGGCUACCGAGGACGCCAAGGAGAAAGCGAAGCAAAAGGCCGUACAGGACGCCCAAAAAAAUGAUACACCACCUGUAAGCAAACAACCAAUCAAAGAAGAACAGCAAACACAAUCCCAUGGUGCAUCCAAACCUCCAUCAGCUCAACGAGCCGCAGAGAAAAAGAUAAUAGCUGAAGCCGAGAAGAAAGCAAAUAAAGUACAAAAAGCUGAAGACAAACGUAAACAGGACGAACAAAAAGCCGCCGAUAAAAGAAAGCAAAACGAAGAGAAGAUGAAGCGAGAUGUCAAGAAAGAUUCCGUGCCGGCUUCAUAAUCUACCCAUCUUUCCUAGCAGCUGAUACAAUCAGUUGCCUUACGACAACCAAACCCGCCGAGCGACCUUUACAAUGGCCUUGACACAACGAAGAUGUCAAUGUGUUGUUCACUGAUUUAUCGGGUAUCAUUUUACUACCUACAAUUUUGACUUUAUUAUAUUUGCCAAGCGGUUUUAUAUCUUCGCUGCGUUUUCUUCAUUAUAUCAUAUGAUUUCUCUGAUACUUUCCACAAUCUGGGUCAUUGAAUCGAAAGACGAAGGAGUUGAGGAUUCAAAGGGACAAUAGUAGAUGGAAAAUGGAUGCGCCAAUGUUAGGGCGUUUGCAUAUAGCUGGCAUUUGAUUUGGCGUUAUAUUCCCUCGCAGUACGUGUGAAAGUAUUGUAUAAAAUGGAGUAUUUGUUGCUAGAAUUAUAUGAUGGCGCAAGAAUUUGGAUGUCAUUGCAGUAUGAUGAUUUGGAUGGAUCCUACUGUGGUGGUUUGUAGGUGUAAUUCAGAUCAAUGUCACAGCUGCUGGAAUGGAAACUUGGAGCCUUUCGUCUCAUUUCUGUUUGUGAAUAUAUAUAACAUUGACAGAUAAAUGCAAUUGUGGAUUACAU